AUGGAGAGCGACCGGCAGUCGGAAGAAUUAUCAUCCGGGUUAUCUUCUGGCUGGGAACGUGUCUCGAAUUCAACUGUAAGUCCGACGAAAAGUGGGCGGGCAUGCUAGGCCGCAGGGCCCGAAGAUCCACCAUUCUUUGGCCACUUGUUCUUUACUCCUUGUGGCGCUUUAGUGAUGGUCUUAAUGGACCGGGGGUACUGUACUUUUAGGCCAUUUAGAGCUAAACAUUUUUCCGACUUUUUCCUAAAUGUUUCCAACUUCUUCUGAUAAAUUGUGCCGUUAAAGCUGACUUGACACAUUCUUCAAUAACAACUUUUCUGUUAUCACAUGACUUUCCUAACGAAAUCCACUAAAGCUGCGCGAAAUCUCCACUUAAGAGUCUAGACUUUGCAUCAAAUGUCAUCAUUUUCGGAUCCGUAUUUUGCCGUUCCCUUAUGGUUUUUAUCGUAUUCCUAUCCGACAAGCAAGUACCGUGAUUUUGUUGUCCAUCUCAAGGUCGUAAGGAGGCAAUUCCGGACGCCAUAAAAGUUGCAGCAACUUUGAUCGUAAACUAAAAACUUGGAGCCCAGCUAUUUAUAGACCUUUUUAGAUCAUUUAGACCGAAACUAUCAUUUGCAGAGUGGAAUAUGACUAAUGCUAGACAUUAGGUCACUUUACAGCAUGCACCGAAAGCCCGAUCCUCCUCAUUUUGGGGGUGUUUGAGCCGGUCGGCGCAGCUUAUCUGCGCCUACCGGCCGAUUAAUUAGGUCGGGGUGGGCGAACGCCGCGACUUCAGAGAUUGGGAUCAAGAUGAAUUGCUUCUUUCUCCUUUUUUGUUUUAAACCUGAUCUGAAAAGGUCAGGGGAAUAGGUCAGGUGAAAUGGAUGGGUGGGGCCUUUUACGGCCUUCUGAUUAGAUCUCGAUCUCGGGUUGAAACUUUCGAAAGACAUGAUGAUUUAUUGCAAUCAAGGCCGGGUCCCUUGCAUCGUCACUCCUUGUUUGGUAGACGCGUCUGGGUUCGGAUAAUUUGCCUCUUGAACACGACCACUUGAAUGGGUGUUGUUCACUUGACUGUGGAUCCAUUUCAAAGUUUGAAUCGUCUUUAAUAUUGCCGACCCUUUUGCCCCUAGGGUUUCUGAAGAAGAAGCGGCUUUCUGGAUCAGUUAAGGUUCCGGUUUCGUUCUACAACAGGGAGGAAGUUGUCUAUACGGUAUCUGGUUUUACAGAGUCUUCGUAUCUUCUUAGCGCAUCUUCGUUUGUAGGCUUUAUAAGGGAUGAGAAUGUAGUCAAUUUAAAAUUGAAUCUCCAACGUUAUUACCGUUCUUUUGGCCCUAUAACUUUCCGAAAAUCCGGUCUUACCAAAGGAUGCGUACAGAAGUACAAAAGCCGGUCUUUUAAUUCUCCUUUAUUUCCCUCAACUUUGUUCCUCGAGAAUGUUUCUCCUCUCGCCCUCCUUUCCCUCCUUGCCCUCUCGCCGAAACUUUAUGGAUGUCUACCUUGAAUGGUCGGGGGUCGGCGCUUAAGGUCCUCUGCGCGAAAUUCACGCCGAAACGGUUUGAUGGCAAUGAACCGAUAGAUGGAUGGGUCAUUUAGGGGGUCCUUUUCCCCUGCUCGUCAAGAAGGCAUCAUAAGCGAGACGGGGAGACGGUGUCGCGCCGUUUCCUCCGCUUACAGCGACUCUUCCUUUGACCGUUCCGGGCCGUUCUUCUUUUCCUCGUCAUCUUUGGUCCAUCGCCAAGUUUUUUACACUUGCCGCCCGGCAAAGGCAAUUGUCUUCCAUGUUGCCUUUUUACGUGGUGCUCAGAGUGCGCGCCUUGAUUGAUUGGCCCUAACACUGCUCGGCGCUGAUGACCUUAAGCGCCAAUGGACUUUUUUUUCUCGUUGUCUGGGGAGGUGUAACUUCAUCGCUUCCCCCCACCCCGCCCGCUAAAGAUAGGUCACUCCGGCUAAGGGCAUUUCAAGCGAUAUGGGGUCAAUUAAAGGCUAUUUUAAAAUGUAACCUUGUUUGUAUAGGCACAUGGAUUUCAGGAUGACUUAGUUAAAAAAACGAAUCCAGAAUUUUUUUCAUCAUGUUUGUGUUAUAAAAGAAUUUCGAUAUUUUUUAACCCAAGAUUUAUGAUGUGGCGAAAAAUUGCGCAAAUCGGUUUGGAAAAUGUAAUUCUCAGCGAGAUUUUUCAAUUCAUUACUUUUCGGUUUGCUUUACAAAACUAUAAAAGUCAAGACGAACUGCCUGAGGGCGCGCGGGAGAGCCGAGUUGGCAUGGGAAAGGUCGCUGACCACGAAAGGGAGCCAGUCGCGCAUUCAAUUUUCUGGAAGCGAAGGUCAUAAGACACAGGGCGAUCGUCGCGCUUCGUCAUGUCCAGCGAGGAGAGUGUUGUGGAGGGAAGAUAUCGUCGUCUUCACCUUCACCUUCAAUCGGUCUUCUUCCGGUAGUCGCCAUUGCAUUCUGGGUUACGCCAAAAACUCCUUCGCGCGAUGGAGAACAACGUCGCUGCCCCGGGGGUUAACCUAAUUCUCGGGCAGAGCGAGAGAGUGGAACGCGUGAACCGCCGGCGUUCUUUUCGUCGAUUAUUGGGGACAUUGAUUUUUACAUCAGCGCUGGGAGAAGAUGCUAUUUUGGGUUGUGGGUCAAAGUUGGGAUAUGUAACCUGAUUUCUGAGGUCACUGUUUUGUCUAUGAGGUUGUUCACAGGGUGUUGAGGUCGUUUAAAGGAUAGUCAUUUACGGGUUCUUUAGGUGAUUUGCAUCAGAAAACUUGUCCGAGUUUGUUGCGCAACCUUGCCUCCACCCGUUUUAACCCUCAUUUCAUAACGUUGCUUGAUCGCCACGCUAUUUGUCAUCGCAUUCCGAUGGGUGAUUUGUCUAGUUUCUUCCAUUUCGUUUUUAUGCUAGUACAGGUGUCUCUCCGCCUCUCCGACUUAUUUGCAGUUUGGUCCCCGUACUCGCUGCGCAUUUAUCAGCGAUUUUCAUCAACGAACCUCCGCGCUUUGAGUGACAGUUCGGCGAAGACUGCAGCGAUGAAAGUGCGGCGCACUCUCUUCUUCUUUGUCUGGGCUAUCGGGCUGCGGAAUCGGGCCCUCGGUAUUUGAGGUCUUGUAAGGGAAAGGCGACGAUGACAAGAGCCGGAGGAGAUCGUAUCAGUUUUCGGAGGAGUUUCUGGGCUUGGUCCUUCGCCAAAGAGCCCACUAAUUUGAGGCGGAUGAUCUUUGAUAUGUGUUUUGGUACAAAUACUAUCCUUUUGUUAUGCAACAAACACUCUAUCAUCUUCUAUUUUACAUCUUUGUCUAUUAUUUCGCAAAAACCUACCGGGAUCUGAAAUUUUCGAUGUUUUUUGGAAAAUAAUGCGUCGUAUUUUAGUCAAACGAGAGUAUGGGCAGUACAGAUGAGCCUCACCAACCGUACUGGGCCCUGCAAGAAAACAUUGUCAUCUCGGGAGUCAGUGGUCGAUUUCCCAGAUCCGAAAAUGUCGAAGAAUUCGGAGACCAUCUCCUAGCAGGAGAGGAUCUGGUCACCGAAGAUGAUCUCCGAUGGCCACCAGGUAAGAUUGAAUUCAAUUUUCAAUUCCCGUUUUAUUUUUAAAACUUAUUUAGAGUCAAAUUUAAUUUAAAGCCGUUUUAUUACAUGGUAAAUGUUUUAGGACUCUUUGAUCUACCCAAACGCCAUGGUAAAUUGGUGGAUCUGAAAAAAUUUGAUGCCGGAUUCUUCGGUGUCACCCCAAAACAAGUGAGUUUUAAACCUCCAUUUAAUUUUAUAUUAUAAUAGGUGUAUGUCUGAGGAAUGAAAACCCAAUCUCGAUUAUUUUCAGGCCAACUUCAUGGACCCUCAGAUCCGCAAACUCCUUGAAGUUUCCUACGAAGCCAUGAUUGAUUCCGGUAAGCGUUUUCUCUGCCGUUUUUUGGAGCAAAAUCCAAAAAGCCAGUAAAUUUGUACCUUAAGGUGCCAUUCAACCUUGAACUGAGUCCCGCAAAACUCUCGCCGUCGUCAGAGCGAGAGAAGACGGCGAGAAGUGCGAGAGAUACUCUUUCAAUUGAUCCGGUCAACGUUUCUUAACAAAUUCUGAUUAAAGUGCACACAGAAGCCUCCUCAAAAAACUUGAAUGGAAAGAUUAGUUAAGGGAAAGUAUAAGAUUUGUUUUUUUGAAUCUUUAUUGCCAAUUACGGGGGAGAGGGAACAAGUUUUACGGCCGCCGAAAUAAAAUACAAAAACAAAAUCAAAUGGAAACAUGAAAACAGUCGAGUUUACGACUGAAAGUAGCAUAGUUAAAGAUUUUGUAAAGGUCAGAGUUCGUGUUGAAAGAGAACCGGUCGUAGAGGCAUUCCGAUACUUUAUAGGUGACAGUAAAAGUCGAAAUUUGAGAUUUCACAAGGAAAAAGGUGCUAAAAGAAAAGAUAAAAAACAAGAACUAAAGAACAAGCAGAAAGCUCAAUUAAAUCUCAUCAAUUUCAGGUAUCAAUCCCCAGGAUUGGCGCGGAACCAAGACCGGUGUGUUCGUCGGGUGUUCGGCCUCAGAGACAGGAGGCGCCCUCACCCAGGACCCCGAACAAGUCACCGGAUACACACUGACCGGCUGCGUGCGCAGCAUGUUCAGCAACCGUCUUUCAUACACGUUCGACCUUCGAGGACCCUCGUUCUCGGUGGACACGGCCUGCUCCUCCUCUCUGUUGGCGUUGCAGUUGGCCGUCGACGCGAUUCGUCAGGACCAGUGCGAAGCCGCCAUCGUCGCUGGUUCCCAACUCACGUUGACCCCAACCGCCGCCCUGCAGUUCUUGAAGCUGGGCAUGCUGAGUCCCGCCGGAUCUUGCCGGUCCUUCGACCAGUCCGGAGACGGGUAUUGUCGUUCGGAGGCUGUCGCCGCCAUCAUUCUCCAACGUCAAUCCAAUGCCCGCCGUAUUUACGCUACGGUUGUGCAUGCCAAGUCCAACACCGACGGUUACAAAGAGCAGGGAAUCACCUUCCCCGGAGGUGAACGCCAAGCUGACCUGCUCGAAGAAGUCUAUCGUGAGGCCAAUGUUGAUCCCAACACCGUGUACUACGUGGAAUCCCAUGGUACUGGAACCAAGGUUGGAGAUCCCCAAGAAGCCUAUGCGAUCACUCAGGUGUUCUGCUCAAACAGGUAAGAUCAGUACUCAAUAGCCAAAUCAUGGUUAAUUUUCUGUCGGAUACUUGCAAAGUUCGUGUUGUUUUUUACAAAUUUUAUAAUUUUUAGAACCCAACCCCUGCUCAUCGGAUCCGUCAAGUCGAACAUGGGUCACGCUGAGCCAGCUUCAGGUUUAGCCUCGAUUACCAAGUUGUUGAUUGCCAUGGACCGUGGAACCAUUCCUCCAAACUUGCACUUCAACGAGCCCAACGAAUACAUUGAAGGGCUCAAGGAAGGCAUCCUUAAAGUUGUCACAGAACCAACCCCAAUCAACGGUGGAUUCAUUGGUGUAAACUCUUUCGGAUUCGGAGGUUCCAACACUCACGUCAUCCUGAGAGCCGGAGAAAAGCCGAAGGCUCUCCCACCAAUCCCCACUCCAACUAUCCCCAAAGUCAUCCUCUACUCUGGACGUACCAAAGAGGCCGUUGAGAACAUCUUUGAGAAUGUCAAGAAGCACGCCGAUAACGUCUAUCUUCAUCAACUCUUGGCCAAUCAAGCCAAUCUCCCACCCAAGGACACUCCAUUCCGUGGUGUGUUGAUGUUGAACCGUGGAGAAGGCGUUGAUCCAUUGGUCGAUAUUCAAAAGAUCCCUAUCACUGAGCAUCGCCCAAUCUGGUUUGUCUACUCUGGAAUGGGAUCCCAAUGGCCAGGAAUGGCCAAGAAAUUGAUGGCCGUAGAAGUCUUUAACAACUCCCUCAAGAAGUGCAGCGAUGCCCUUAAGGAGUUCGGAAAGGACGUAUACGCCAUGCUGCAAAACGACGACCCCGAGCAGUACAAGAACAACACCUUGAACUGCAUGUUGGCGAUUACUGCCAUCCAAAUCGCUUUGACCGAUACCCUCAAGGAAUUGGGAGUUGUCCCAGAUGGAAUUAUCGGCCAUUCCACUGGUGAGAUGGGUUGUGGUUACGCUGAUGGUGCUUUGACUGCUGAUCAGACCAUGAAGCUGGCCUACUACCGUGGAACCAGCAUUAUGGGAGCAAAUAUUACCGGAGGAGCUAUGGCCGCUGUCGGCUUGACUUGGGAGCAGGCUCGCGAAAGAUGUCCUGCUGAUGUUUACCCAGCUUGCCACAACGGAGCCGACUCUGUCACCAUCUCCGGAGAUGCCAUCAAGGUGAGCAGAUUUUAGAUGACUUUGUAAUCGCUUUAUGCCCAACUCUUGUUUUGUGAGGACAAUUAUAAUUCUCUCUAAUUUCAGCUGAAGAAAUUUGUCGAAGAAUUAAAGGCCGAAGAGAUCUUUGCCAAGGAAGUUGACUCAUCUGGAAUCCCCUUCCACUCUCCCAUCCUCGCCGUUUGCCGCGAGAAGAUGUUGGAGGCAAUGAGAACCGUCGUUCCCGAGCCUCAACCGCGUUCUUCCAAAUGGAUUUCCACUUCGAUCCCCGAAGAGAACUGGGACGACGAGCUCGCCCUUUACUGCUCAGCCGACUACCACACCAACAACGCCUGUAAUCCCGUGUUGUUCUACGAGGGUCUUCAGAAGAUCCCAGCCAGUGCCAUCACUGUCGAAUUGGCACCUCAUUGUCUGAUGCAAGCCAUUCUCCGAAGAAAUCUUCAAAAGACUUGCAGCAACGUUGGCCUCAUGAACAGAACCGCCGAGAACGAGUUGGAAUCCUUCUUGUCUGCUCUUGGAAAGAUCUACCAAGCCGGAGCCACCAUCCACGUUGAGAAACUUUACCCUCAAGCUCCAUUCCCAGUCCCACUCGGAACUCCCAUGAUCUCCCCCAUGUGGCGUUGGGACCACAGUCAGGAUUGGCCCGUCAUCGAUGGAAAACUUCUCAGCUCUGGAGGAGGUGGAGCGGUUGCUUCAUCUGCUUCCUACAACAUUGAUCCAUUCUCUGCCGAUUCCAAGGAGACUUACUUGUUGGAUCACGUCAUUGAUGGCCGCGUUCUCUUCCCCUUCACUGGCCAUAUGGUGUUGGCUUGGAAGACUUUGUGUAAACUGCAAGGAGUUGACUUCCAGAAGACUCCAGUCAUUUUGGAGAACAUCAAUGUCUACAAUGCCACCAUCCUCACGAACAAGGCUAUCCGUUUGGACGUUGUCAUCUCACCUGGUCAUGGCGAUUUCGAGAUUUUGGAUGGGGAUCAAUUGGCUGCCAGUGGUCGAAUCUACAUUCCCGAUGAGAACCGCAAAUUCUACUAUCAAGAUCUGAAGGCCAUCGAGACCUCUAAAUUGGCUGAAAGAAUUGAGUUGGAUACUGAAGAUGCCUACAAAGAAUUCCUUCUGCGGGGUUAUGAGUACGGACCAGCUUUCCGCGGAAUCUACCGUACCUGCAACUCUGGAGAAAAGGGUACCUUGUACUGGACCGGCAACUGGGUCACCUUCUUGGACUCCCUGCUUCAAACUGCUCUGUUGGCCGAGCGAAACGACACGUUGAAGCUGCCAACCAGAGUCCGUUAUCUCCGCAUCGACCCCGUCAAGCACUUGGCUUCGGUCGAGGAAAGAGAUGGAAUCCAAGUCGUCGAAUUGCGCAAUGACAUCGCCACCAACGGUUGCGUCGCCGGUGGCGUUGAGUGCUGUGAUUUGACCGCCCACACUGUCCAGCGUCGUAUGCAAUCUGCAGGCCAACUCUACCUGGAGAAGUUGUACUUCGUCAAGCAUUUCGACGAAAAGUAAGCUAAAUUUUGCGAUUGCCUUUUGAACUUUUGGCGAAAUCGCUUUUAUUGUCAUUUCCAGCGCCCUCUCCGAGUUCCCCAAGGAUGCUGAACGCCUCAGCCAAUAUGCCAAUGCCGUUAAGGGAUAUAUUCUCAAAGGACUUCAACAAUGGAAGGAAGCCAAAGCCCUCAGCUCAAUCCCUCAAUACGAAAAGAUCUUGGAUGUUCUGACCAAGCAAGGUGUCAAAUACCAGGAAGAAACCUUUGACAAACUGAAGGAGGAUUCCAAAUGCACCUUUGCUCAAGCCAUAGCAGAAGUCUUCGAGAACAUUUCUCCGGAAUCCUCGGACUUUGCCAACAAUGUCUCCAACAAGCUGAAGUCCGUGUACAAGACCUUUGACAGUGAUCGUUACUGGGCUUCUUGUCUUCUGCAUGAUCGUCUCUUGAAGACGGCUCAGGAUAUCUGCAUUGAGAACUCGGCUGGACACAAGAACAAGUUCUGUGGAAUUGAAUUGACGUCUUCCGAUCAGAUCAAGCAUUGCAAGAACGGAAUCAACUCCCAUCCCCUUUUGGAAGUUGACUGGAAUUGUGCUGGACCUAAUGUUGAUGAUCUUGACGAGAACACCUUGACUCAACUUGGAGCUUCUCGUCAUCGCCUUGUUUUCGAUGGCCCUGAAUUCAAGAACACCACUGAUGUGAAGAAUAUGGAUUACAUUCUUUUGGAUCGCGUUUUGUGGCGUCAGAAGAACCCUGAAGAAUACUUGGCCAGGUGUGCGGAACUGCUGCGUGAGGAUGGUUUCAUGAUCAUCAACGAAGUCACGAAGGACCAUGAGUUGGCCUACUUUGUGCAAUCUCUCAUCGGCUAUAAUCUUCCCGAAGAUUCCGAUCGUGUCUUUGGAGUAUACUUUACUCAGGAACAACUUUGCCAACGUCUUCAAGCUGCCGGCUACAAACUCUGUCUCCGUCAAUCUGAUCCAGCAUUGAGCACAACCACUUUCGUCGUCAGAAAGGUCGCUCAAACUCCUCGUGAACCAGCUAUUGUUGAUAUCGACGAUAUCAAGGAAUUCACUUGGAUUGAGCCUCUUCAAAAGGUCAUCGAGGAACGUUUGAAUGAGCCGGAUUACAAGACCAUCUGGUUGUCCAACACCAAGGUCAGAAACAACGGAACUCUCGGAUUGGCCCUCUGUUUUGUGUAAGUUACAAUAGCGUCUCAAUUACUAGACUUUACCUCGACCAGUUCAUCAAUUUUUCUUUUUUAGUGAAGAGAACUUGAAGUUCAACCGUUUCCGCACUUUGGCUGACAUCAGUGUGAAGAAGGCCAAUCGUGAGGGUCCAGCCAAGCUGCACAUCGAUGAUCCGGUCGUUCAAAACCUCCUCCAACUUGAUCUCCACGCCAACAACUACCGCGAUGGAGUCUGGGGGUCUGUUCGCCACAUUGUUGUCAAGGAUGAUGAUCUCCACACUCGCAAAGAAGUGGAGCACGCCUUCAUCAACACCCUUGUCCGUGGUGAUGUCUCCAGUUUGACUUGGGUUGAGAACUCGAACCAAUUCUUCGACAUCACUCCAGGAAGACCCCAGCAUCUGAAGCUUUGCUCAGUCUAUUACACUGCUGUCAACUUCCGUGAUGUCAUGUUGGCUUACGGACGUCUGCCUCCAGAUGCCAUUCCUGGUCAAUUCGCUGAUCGUGAAUGUCUUUUGGGUAUGGAAUUUGCUGGUCGUCUUCCUCAAGGAGAAAGAGUUAUGGGAAUCCUGCCUGCUCAAGCCUUGGCUACCUCCGUUAUUUGUGAUCCAGAUUACACUUGGCCUGUUCCUGACAACUGGAGUUUGGCUGAAGCUGCGACUGUGCCUGUGGUCUACGCCACCGCCUACUACGCCUUGGUGAUGAGAGGAAGAAUCCGCAAGGGAGAGACCAUCCUGAUUCAUGGUGGAUCUGGUGGAGUUGGUCAAGCUGCCAUUGCCAUUGCUCUUCAAUAUGGCCUCACCGUCUACACAACUGUGGGAACUCAAGAGAAGAGAGAAUACUUGUUGAAGCGAUUCCCUCAACUCAAGCCUGAGAACCUCGCUAACUCUCGUACCUCGGACUUCGAACAACACAUCAGACAUCACACGCGUGGACGUGGUGUUGAUCUUGUGCUGAACUCGUUGGCCAAUGAAAUGCUUCAGGUAAGAUUUUGAUCAGCUUUGAAGCCUUCGUUACUCCAUAAACGUUCCCUAAAAAGGCCAAAAAAUUUUGAAUAUAAUUUUAUGUCACUUCAGGCUUCCGUCCGUUGUCUGGCCCAGCACGGUCGAUUCUUGGAAAUCGGAAAGGUCGAUCUUUCCCUCAACAAUGCCCUUGGAAUGGCCGUCUUCUUGAAGAACGUCACUUUCCAUGGUAUCUUGCUUGAUGCCAUUAUGGAUCAGUCUGUCGGAAAGAAGGAGGAUUGGAAGGAAUGCCGUGAACUCCUAAACCAAGGAAUGAAGGAGGGAGUUGUUGUUCCUCUCCCAUCAUCCGUCUUCGAAUCCGACAAGGCCGAGGAAGCUUUCCGCUUCAUGUCCGCUGGUAAACACAUCGGAAAAGUGUUGAUCAAGGUCCGUGAAGAAGAGAAGCAGCUGGUUACCCCGCCAUCCAAGAUCAAGGUGAAGGCAGUGUGCCGAACUCUCUGCAACCCCAACCAUGUCUACUUGAUCACCGGUGGUCUCGGAGGUUUUGGAUUGGAGCUGGCUCAGUGGUUGAUCAACAGAAAUGCCCGCAAGAUCGUGCUGACCUCCAGAUCUGGUAUCCGAACUGGCUACCAAGCCCGUUGUGUCCAUUACUGGCGUCGUCUUGGUAUCAAGGUCCAAGUCUCGACUUUGAAUAUCGCGAACGCCGAGGAUGCUCGUGAAUUGGUCCGCUCUUGUCAAGAGAUCGGCCCAAUUGGAGGAGUUUUCCAUUUGGCCAUGGUUCUUCGUGAUUGCCUCUUCGAGAAUCAGAAUGUCCAGAAUUUCAAGGAUGCGGCUGAAGCCAAGUAUCAUGGAACAAUCAACAUCGACAAUGCUACUCGUGAAUUUGCAGCGGAAACCCUUCGUUGGUUCGUCGUCUUCUCCUCGAUCACUUCUGGUCGUGGUAAUGCCGGACAAACCAACUAUGGAUGGUCCAAUUCCACCAUGGAACGUAUCAUCGAACAACGUCGUGAGGACGGCUACCCUGGUAUUGCCAUUCAAUGGGGAGCCAUUGGUGAUGUUGGUGUUAUCCUGGAGAACAUGGGUGACAACAACACCGUCGUCGGCGGAACCCUUCCUCAACGUAUGCCCAGCUGCUUGAGUGCCUUGGAUAUGUUCUUGAACUGGGAUCACCCGAUUGUCUCGAGUUACGUGAAGGCUGACACCGGAAGCAAGAAGUCGUCAACUGGUGGAAACUUGCUUCAGACCAUCGCUCAUAUCCUUGGAGUCAACGACAUCUCUCAAAUCAACCCUGAUGCCAACCUCGGAGAUCUGGGUCUCGACUCGUUGAUGGGUGUGGAAAUCAAACAGGCCUUGGAGAGAGAUUAUGACAUCACGCUGUCCAUGAAAGAUAUCCGAACACUCACCCUGAACAAGCUCCAGAAGAUGGCCGAAGGCGGAGGAUCUUCAACUGUUCUUCAAGCCAACACCGAGCUGGAAAUGAAGAAGGAACAAGAACGAGAAGCCCAGCAGAACACCGUUGAAGUCUUGGAGAAACAACUCAGUCAGCUGUUCAAACUCAGAGUAGAUGUGAACGAUCUCGACCCCGAAGAGACGAUUGUCAAGUGCAAUAAGGAGACCGAAGGCCCGAUUACCUUCUUCGUCCAUCCAAUUGAAGGUAUCGCCACUCCAUUGAACCGAGUAAUGUCCAAAUGUACCUUCCCUGCCUACUGCUUCCAAUUCACGAGGAAUGUCCCCACUGACUCGAUUGAGAGCGUCGCCGAGUAUUAUAUCAAGGAGAUGAAGAAGGUUCAGCCGGAAGGCCCAUAUCGACUGGUCGGCUACUCCUAUGGAUCGUGUAUUGCUUUCGAAAUGGCCACCAAACUGCAGGAGCAGCUAGGAGCCAACAGCGUUGAAAAACUUAUCUUAUUGGAUGGAUCUCACUUAUACAUGCAAACGUACAGAAAUGUAAGAAAAUUUUCAUAGUUCUUCAUAAAACCUCCUUUUGUCAUAAUUUAAAAAAAUCUUGCAGGUCUAUCGUCACGCCUUUGGUGUCACCGGUGACACACUGGUCAACAACCCACUCUUUGAAUCUGAAAUUAUGUGUGCCAUGACGCUGCGGUUCGCCAACGUCGACUACAAAAAGUUCCGUGUGGAGAUGCUCCAACUCCCCAACUACAAGGCCAGAAUCAACAAGGUCGUGGAGACCGUCAUGAAGACCGGAUUCUUCAAGUCUCCCGGCACUGUUGAGUUCGCCUGUGAAGCCAUGAGAUCCAAGUUCUUGAUGGCUGACAAGUAAGUUUACUUCAACAUAUGACUCAUCAUGUAUACUGUUGGCUCGUUUAUGACAAAUAUUUUCAGAUACAAGCCAGACAAGACCUUCCACGGACAAAUUACGCUGAUCCGUGCUGAACAAGGAGCCGCUCGAGAAGAGGAUGUUGGACAAGAUUACGGUGUUGGACAGGUAAGCAUUUCAAGUUCUUGAUCACUUUACUGUAUAGUAGCACUGUCGAAAAAUCAUGAGAAUAUAAAAUAUCGGUAUAAUAAUUUUCCAUUUUCAGGUUUCGGACUACUGUGACGUGAAGGUGGUGUCCGGAGACCACGACUCGAUCGUGCAAGGCAAGCGCCACAAGGACACCGUCGAGAUCAUCAACCAGGCCAUCAAGUCGGCGCCCACGCAGGAGUAA